AUGACCGGGAGCGUGAUCUACAACCAAUCUGAAAUGCGACGUUUGAUUCGAUGGACUCUAUUCUAUCUCCGCCUUGGUGCUCGCUUAGACUUGAUAUGCAUCGUGCCGAAGCGAAUGCGACAUUCAGAACAGGUCUGGGCGGCCAGUCCGAUCGAGAUGAUGCUCGGAUCUAUAAUCGGCGGUCAAUUCCAAGAUCGCGCUGGACGACGAAUUUCUCUAGCAACAGGCGCCUUCCUUUCAGCGAUUGUGGUCGCUAUUUGUUAUGUUGCCGAUCUGCCGGACGAAAUUACUGCCCGACGAGGUAUUUUCUUUGUUGGAAAAUUCUUUCAAGGGGUUUGUCUUGGUAUAAAUUUGUGCGUGGUGCAGACCUAUGUGUCCGAAGUUCUGCCCGUCCUACUACGAGGUCCGAUUAUCGCAUUUUUGCCGAUAUUCACUCUUCUCGGACAGCUCAUUGGAUCGGUUGUGGUAUACACCUCUUUGAAAUAUCCGGGCGCACAAAGUUAUCGGAUUCCUUUCGCGUCGCAAUGGCCAUUUUCAGCGGUUACUUUUCUACUCGCUGCUAUUCUUUUCGGAAAGCCCGGGAUGGUUACUAAGAAAAGGGAGACUGGAUCAGGCUUUGAAAAGCGCAGAGGCGAUUAG